AUGCUCAAGAUUGCGCAAAAGGAUCUUGAGGAUAAGAAAAAAUACCGGAGAAAAGUUCAGAAACGAGCUCUACUUCUUGCGAAUUAUGUGAUGAAAGAAGAUAACAAUGAUUUAGAAAAUGACCAGCAAUCUGAAGUCAAGUCUGAGGCCGAGGACAGGAAAUGUAAAGUUUGCUUCGAAAAAUACGAUGACGAUCACCCUGAAGCUGCGAUUUUCCCAUGUGGCCACAAAUCCUGCUAUAACUGCUUGACGUCUCUUACUCAGAAAAUUUGUCCGAUUUGCCGAGCUGAGUUUACCGGUGACAAAAUUCUCAAGCUCUACAGCUAA